GUGUUUGGGUAAAGUUAGUGGAGGGAAAGGGAAGGAGAGGGAGGGGUUUGGAGGGUUAUUUAUAAGAAGGCGUACAGUAAUUUCUUAACCUUUCAUAAUUGGGAUGAUAAGGAAGGAAAGGGAAGGGAAUGGCAGGCAAUGGCUAUCAAAAUAUUUGUUAGGCCAAUUUUACCCUCAAAUUUGCUCUUCAUAUUUGUUAGGGCCCUGUCUUCAGCGCGGGAACAAAGGAAGGCGCGGGAAUAAAGGCGCCAAAAUUCACUGGUAUAAGAAGAAACAGGAGAGAGAAAAGGGGGAAGUGGGUUCACUGCAUGGUCUCUGUGCAGGAGUAGGAAGUUGAUGAUAGAGAUAGAAGGGAAAGCGUCACUGUUAAAUUCAUUGGUUUACAAACACCGGCUUUGGAGCUACGCAAACCGUUCGAAAAUUCAUCUGAAUUCAUCAUCUUCUUGGAGUAUUGGAUGUUCAGAUAAGAAAAUGAGUAACACAACAAACAAAAAUGAAGGGAACAAGAAAGAUAGGUUUGUUUGGACGCAACAAAUGGAAGAUGCAUUCAUUGAUGUGCUGUAUUACCAACAUAUUAAAGGGAAUAGGGUUGAUGGAACUUUUACUAGCAAAGCAUAUGAUGAAAUGGUUAAAGAAUUGUGUGCAAAACUUGAAAUGGAUUUUACCAAAGAUAGGAUUAAGAAUCGAUUGAAGACUAUAAAGACUCAUUUCAAUGAGUGGUAUGACCUGUUUAAGAAUGGAUUGAGCGGAUUUGCUUGGAGUCGUGAGACAAAGAUGUGGAGUGCGGAGCCAGAGGUUUGGAAUUCAUUGAUUGAGGCAAAACCGCAAGCGGAGAAAUGGAGAACUACACCUAUUAACAACUAUGAUAAGUUGCUAGAGUUGUUUGCAAAAGAUAGAGCGACGGGUGAUGAGGCUGCAACUGCUAAGGAGAAACGUUUUCAAUGGGCUAGCUCAACCAAUGACGAGUUAAUGGGAAGUAUUGAUGGUAUUGAUCAGCUAGUAGCAGAAAAUGAGGUGACUUUGGAAAAUGUUGAGCAUGUGGCUGAUGAGAUUGAAAGGACAAUGUCCCCUAAGGCAACUUCUAUUGCAUCUUCAAGUGCAAAAGGAAAGAGGAAACGGUCUUCACGUGGUGUCUCUAAUGAUACCCAAGACAUAGCAAAUGCAAUUUCCUCUGUUGCAGAAUCUAUUAAAGAGGGAAAUGCUCUUUAUGGAAAAUAUAAUCGUAAGGUGCAUUCGGAGGAGGAAAUCUAUAAUGAGCUAGAAUCAAUUGGACUUGAGCUAUUUUUAAUUGAUGAUGCUUACUUUUAUCUCGCUAACCAUCCUGAUCAAACGAGGAUAUUCCUUGGUGUUCCAGUUGCAAAGCGUAAGAAUAUUUUGGAGAAAAUGAUGUAUGGUUCAACAUGAUGGUGAUUGAUGAUGGGUAGUCUUUCUUUUUGUUGGGUAUAGGUUCCUUUUUUGAGAAACACUUCUGGGAAUGCAAUGAAUUCCUUUUUUGUUGGUGAAACUUUGUGUUGCUAUAUUACGGAAAAAGUAUGUAUUGGAAACCUUUUACAAUGAUGUAAAUCUAGGAACUUGACUAUGAUGUAAUUAUUAUUAUCUACUCUUUUGGUUAUGGAAUUUUAUAAUGAUUAUAUUUC